AUGGAAACGUUCAGCUGCUCCUUUGAUUCUUUCGAUGCAAUCUAUGCAUGUGCCUGCAAAAAAUAUUUCUGCUCAAAGCAUUAUUUUUCUCAUAAACAAGAAUUUCCUGAUCACAGCAUAGAGCGCAUAAAAAUUCCAACAAGCAAAGAAUCAAAAGAAAUUUUAAUCGAAUAUAUACUCUUUAUAAAGCAGAUCUUGGAUAAGUGCUUUGAAAAAUGAAUUGAAGAGCUUAGCACACAAGAAACCCCUAAUUAUGAUUUAGAAUCAUUACAAUUUUUUAAUAAAAUCAUAUGUGCAUGUGAUAGAUUUUUAAAAAUUUUAAUGACAAAGAAAUAUGUUUCAAUGAAGCUGAUUUUUAAUCCUUUAGAAUAUUUUCUAAUUCAGCCCCAAACAAAAGCAUUAAAAUAUGUAGAGGAACUUCAAAUUCCUCUAAAAAACGAUUAUGACCAAUUUGUUUCAGAAGCAAUAAUAAUAUCCUGACACUUAUUUGACUUCAAUUAUUUAAUUCGAAAACAAAAAAUACAUUAA